UUAAAUUUUUUUAGAUAUUUCUACUAAAUAAGUGUAGGAGUCUCUGGACUCUCUUUGUUCACCUGAUUAGCUAGCUAGCUUGCUGGAGUGUACAGAACUGAAACUUGUGAAUAUAUAUACCUUCAGGUACGUAUUGUUUCUGCAUCAUAUAUUAUCUUGCAUAUAUAGCAAAUGAUGAGUUCUACUUCUAGUAACAAGAACAGCAUUAUGCCAUGCGCUGCAUGCAAGCUUUUACGUCGGCGAUGCACCAAAUAUUGCAUUUUCUUGCCCUAUUUUCCCCCCACUCACCCAGAGAGAUUUGCUGCUGUUCAUCAGAUCUUUGGUGCCAGCAAUAUCACCAAGAUGUUGCAGGAAGUGCCUGUUGAUAGUAGAGCAGAUGCAGUGAUGAGCAUGGUGUAUGAAGCCACAGCAAGGCUGAGGGACCCUAUCUAUGGCUGCGUUGGUAUCAUUUCUAUCCUGCAAAAGAACGUUUUCGAGUUACAAUCCAAGCUAAACGAAUCAGUUGCGGAGACAAUGGCCCUCAAAACCCAGCUCUCCAAUGUCCUCUCAUCAAGCCUCCUCUAUGAUCCUGCACUUCCAGACACCAUGCUUCUAACAUCUGACCUAUCAAACUCAUCACAACCUGCAGAAUUCCUCAAUCCCGAGCCUUACAUCGUCUAGAGGUGGCCAUUUCCCGGGACCCUUUGCCCUCUACAAGGCGGUCGUCUAGAGGUGGCCAUUUCCCGGGACCCUUUGCCCUCUACAAGGCGGUCCUGGGAAAUCCCUGGCCCUGCUAGCCUCGAGUCGAUUCAGGAUUGGUUUGGUCCUGAACCAACCCGUGGUCACAGUGUACUUGUGCUUAUAAAUGAGUUUCUGCUAGGAUAUUGGUCCCACGACUAUUUGACUAUUUUUACAUUUGGUUCCUGACUAUUAACUUUUCUACAUCUGGUUUCACAACCUUUUAAAAUCUUGCUAGUUGCUACA